CGGCUGCAACACCAGCUCCCCCGGCCUAUUUAGCUGCCGGCAGGCAGUCGCUGUAGACUCAUUUCUUCGUUGCGGCUUUUGAGAAACGUGACUGAUAACUGCCGUCGACUCGCUGAGCAGCGCAGCGUUAUUUCGGAUCAGGCGCUAAGUGUCGUCCAUUGCGCGUCGUCUGCUACUGUUUUGCCGCACGCGCCGAGUGUGUAUAGCCGCCGCUAUUAGUUCACUUGUGUGAUCCGAAAGGAAAAGAAAAGAACAGGCGGCGCAAGAAAACAUGGGCGUCACGGUAGAUCCGGCGUUUCAAGGAGUCGGUGUGCAGCCUGGCCUGACAAUCUGGAGGAUCGAGAAGCUGGAGGUGAAGCCUGUCGACCCCAAGAUGUACGGGAGCUUCUACUCUGGAGAUUCGUACAUUAUCCUCCACACGAAGCAAGCGAAGAGCGGCAGACUCGAGUGGAACAUCCAUUUCUGGCUGGGACGAGACACGUCGCAGGACGAGUACACGGUCGCCGCCAUCAAGAGCGUGGAGCUGGACGAUUCACUGGGGGGCAGUCCUGUGCAGCACCGAGAGGUGCAAGACCACGAGUCGGACCUGUUCCUGUCUUACUUCAAGAACGGCGUCAAGUACCUGGAGGGUGGCAUCGAGUCCGGUCUGCAGAGCGUGGACAAGACGGUGCACAAGCGGCUCUUCCAGGUCAAAGGGCGCCGCAACAUCCGCGUGCGACAGGUGCCCCUGGAAGCUAGCUCGCUCAACCACGGCGACUGCUUCGUGCUCGACUGUCGCGACAACGUGUACGUCUUCGUGGGCCACCGAAGCGGCGGCCUAGAGCGGGUCAAGGCCAUACAAGUGGCCUCGGGCAUACGAGACGACGUCCACGGCGGCCGAAGCAAGAUCAGCAUACUCGACGAGCACAGCUGCGAGGCCGAGGUGAAUGUAUUCUUCGAGGAACUCGGCACGGGCUCUCCUUCGGACGUCAAGGAUGCCGCCGAGGGAGGCGACGAUGUCGAACACGAACGCUCCAGUGACACCGAGGUCUCGCUUCACAGGAUUUCGGAUGCCGAUGGUGAACUCAAAGUGGAAAGGGUCGGCGAAAAACCACUCGCUCACACGCUCCUUGACCCUAACGACUGCUUCCUUCUGGAUGGCGGUAUGUCCGGUCUCUUCGUCUGGGUCGGCAAAGGAGCGAGUGCCAAGGAACGCAAGGAGUCCAUGCUCUUGGCCCAGAAAUACCUCACGUACCGCGGAUACCCGGAGUGGUGCCAGGUGACGCGCGUCAUCUGCGGCGCCGAGCCGCCCAUCUUCAAGCAGUACUUCGCCUCCUGGAAGGAGCAAGAGCACAGCGGCGUUUUCGGCAGGAAGGGUGCGCUCAACCGCAUUGCCGAAAUGGACAAGACGUUCAACGUGAGCGACCUGCACCGCGAGAAACGACGCCUUUUGGCCAAGAACCUGGGCAAAGCCUGUGGUUUCAUGCCGGAUGAUGGCUCUGGAACACUGGAGAUCUUCCGCGUCGAGAACUUCGAGCUGGCUCCGAUAGACCCGGCUAUCUACGGUUUCUUCUUCGGUGGGGACAGCUACGUCAUCAAGUACACCUACAAGAAGGGCUACAGCGAGCGCUAUAUCAUCUACUUCUGGCAGGGAAACGAAAGCAGUCAAGACGAGAAGGCUGCGUCUGCAAUCUGGGCAGUGAAGAUGGACAACGAUCUCUGCGGAAAGGCCAUUCAGGUGCGCGUGGUUCAAGGACACGAGCCAGAGCAUUUCCUGCGCAUGUUCAAGGGACGUAUGAUCAUCUUCAGCGGUGGACACGCCAGCGGAUUCCGCAACCUCAGGGACCACGACACGUACGACGUCGACGGAACGCGCAUGUUCCACGUCAAAGGAACUUCAGACGUCGACGUCCGGGCAGUCCAGGUAGACGAAGUGGCGGCUUCGUUGAAUUCCGAGGACGUCUUUGUGCUAGAGACACCAAAGAAUACCUUCCUAUGGCUGGGAGAGUUUGCCGACCCAUCAGAGAUCGCCAUGGGCCACAAUGUGGCGAAGCUUGUGUCACCAGAUAGGCAGGCAGUGGAAGUGAAAGAGGGCUCGGAACCGGUCGAGUUCUGGAACUCGAUCGGCGGCAAGGGUGACUACAAAAAGGGACACCAGGAGGUUCACAACCCGCUGCUCGAACCCCGCCUGUUCAAGUGCUCCACAGCAACUGGAAAGCUGCGCGUCAUCGAGAUCUGCAACUUCACCCAGGAGGAUCUGGACGUCAAUGACGUCAUGAUGCUGGACAGCGGUGAGGAGAUCUACGUCUGGAUUGGGAAGGGAUCCACCGAGGAGGAGAGAACCAAGUCGCUCGAAGUGGCCAUGGAGUACGUGAAGACAGACCCAACAGAGCGAGACCUUGACAGCACUGCUAUCAUCACUGUGAACCAGGCUGAGGAGCCGGAUGCAUUUACGGCACUCUUCGACCACUGGGACCACAACCUGUGGGAGAACAUUCCCACGUACGAGGAGCUUAAGCGUCAAGUUACCCGACUGUGAGUUUCGGGGCGCCGAAGAAAGCCUGCGGCCACAGCUUCGGCCAGGCGACGCCUUUCUGUUGUACCCCGGGCUGUUGGACAGCGAGACGGGAGCUGUCUGCGCGUGCCUUUUCAGGCUUGCAACAUUCACUCCCUGCACUCCACAUUUUGUCUUUUCUUUAUUUCUUUUUGUCGAAGCCAUUUCCGAAUGAUGGCUUUUGCUUUUGUAAAAGGCCACUGCCUCUCGCACCGAUUCUCAGUGGCUGAAAAUGAAAAACGUCCGCGAACAUCGCUACCUCGUCAAAGGCAGACCCCUCCGGCUAAGCCUUUGAGUACAUAUUUAAUGUAGUCCAAUAUUUGUAAGUGAACAUUAACCAGCUGGCUGGGCUAGCUUGUGUGCCUUGUGCCAUCAGCGAUCCUAUAGCGGCUGGCAAAAGUAAACAGAAGUGCAGGUUUCUUGAGUUUAAGUUUGUGUAACGGAGCCCACCAAUUGCCUUCAAGAUAUCAAGCGAUACUGAGGCAGCCUGAUCUCGGGAGUCGCUCUUCAGUGUGUUGCCGUGCUCGAUAUCCCGAAGACAGCAUGUACCCCGCGCGUCACCCGAUCUUUGAGGCCGCAAUAGAAGGAGAUAAGUUUUGAAAUUUUCCGUGUUUAGCACAGAUAUCGACGCCUGUCCUUCGCAGCAUUGGAAAACGAACUAUUUUUUGGCAGGCGGAACUGAAGCAUUGCAAGCUUGCUGUGGUUUAGCGAACUAGGACUUGCAUUCACAAUUCUGUUGAGUAUGCCACAAAGACAUUCUGCGCUGAGUAUUUUUGUGCAGUGUACAUUGACGUGCCUUGCUGCGUGGAUGAAUUGCGUGUGCCCCUUGCAUGACGCUCUAGCAAUCGAAGUGAUGUUUCGGACGUAGAACGUACUUACGUAACAAUCUUCGCUCCUUAUUCAGUGUGAAUGCCAGUCGAACGCACCAGCUUUUAAUCUAUGUUUACGAACAAAUGAAUCGCACCACUUUUUCACAAAUUAUUCCGCCAUCUUUCGCGUUCAAUAAGUAUUGUUUGCCUCGACGGUGUGUGCAAGGACUGCACUUCGAAUAAGUCGCAGCGUUCUGUGUGGUACUUUUGCGAGAUACAUAAACUAUUUUAACGCACUUGCGUAUUGUCCAGAGUGCUGACGUAAAUUAUGUGACCCAGCGUAAGUGUGUUUUAGUAUGCUUCGUUUUUUUUUUUUCAGUUUUUAUGAUGAAAUAAAGCAUUCAGUGUUGUUA